AGCACGCUCUCUCCCCUGGCCCACCGGCGGACGCCAUGCAAGUACUUGCACCGCACCUCCGUGCCUGACGCCACUCAUGGGACGCCUUUCCAAGGACAAACGAGACAUCUACUACAGGGAGGCCAAGAAGGAGGGCUUCCGAGCAAGGUCCGCCUUCAAGCUGCUGCAGAUCGACGACGAGCUCAAUCUGCUCUCCGGGGUUCGCAAUGUUGCGGACUUGUGCGCAGCGCCUGGUGGCUGGAGCCAGGUUCUGGCGUUGAGACUCAUCCAGCCCGGCUUGGACCCGCCGCGCAUUGUGGCGGUGGACAAGUACGAGAUGCAGCCGAUCCCUGGCGUGGUGCAGGUCCAAGGUGACAUCACCCACCGCUCCACUGUGGAGGCCGUGCUUGGACACUUUGAAGGCCAGCUUGCCGAUCUGGUGGUGUGCGAUGGCGCUCCUGAUGCCACCGGACGCUCGGACUUCGAUGAGUACGUGCAACACCAGCUGCUGAUCUCCGAGCUGCUGCUGGCGGAGUCUUUACUGCGGAGGGGCGGGGCCUUUGUGGCCAAGGUCUUCCGAGGGGAGCACUCGGCGGAGCUCUACGCCCGCCUGCAGCGGGACUUUGAGGAGGUGCUUUGCUGCAAGCCCCGGGCCUCCAGGAACAGCAGCCAGGAGUCUUUCGUGGUCUGCCGUGGCUUCCAGGGUGCCGCCGCCACGGCCUACAGCGCGGAGCGCCACGAGGAGCUGGCGGACCUGGGGGACGGUGCGCCCAAGGGCUUCGCGGCCUUCGUGGCCUGUGGGGGACGCGAUAGUUUGGACGCAGACACAAACUAUCCUGUGGCAACUGGCCAUCGGGUGCUCGACCCUGUGGCACCACCGCUCUCUGCGCCAUAUAUGUCAGCCAUCGAGGAGCGCCGCGGCCAAAAACGCGCGCAAGGCAGCGCCAGCGCAUGACAAAAGGGUGCCAAAUGCCAAGAGGCCAGGUCACAA